ACAUGGGUCGGAAAGCGUUCAUCUCAAGCAUCUUCUUCACCAAAUCUUCGUCUCCAUUCCUUAAACUAUUGUUUUAUGCAGUAUUUUCGCAGACGAUACAAAUCACAAGCAGCGAUGCUUCCACCACAGAAACUAUUGGACAGCUGACAUUUGAGUGUCCAAAAGGAUGGACUGCAAAAUUCGGAGACUGUUACCUAUUUUCGUUUAAAGAAAUGACGUGGUCUGAAGCGGAAACUUUUUGCAAGGGACAUGGUGCUAGAUUGGCAACCAUUACCAACGAGGUAGAGUAUUCCUUUUUACAUGACAUCUCGUUAAUUGCGAAGUUCACAAACAUGCUGUCAAACGUUACAGCCAAUAACUUCUCUGCAGUACAAAACCCUGCAGCACUUCAUGCUGGCGCAAACGGAUUCGCAGACUGUGCAGUUAGUUCUGAUUUCGUCAGUAGACCACAGAAGACGUGCGACACUGUUUCUUACGCUGUGUGUCAGGCAACAGCAUGUCUCAAAGGCUAUUUCCGGUGUAAUAAUGGAGAGUGUCUUCACAAUCGAACGAUCUGUGAUGGCCAAGCUGAUUGCAGUGAUUACUCUGACGAAUUAAACUGCCCUUCUCGCUGUAGACAUCUUCUGAAGCAGAACACGGGGAACUUGAAAUUUCCAAGCGGCCUAUACCAGAAUAACACAAACUGUUUGUGGACGAUCGAAGUUGCGAAGGGAACAAAGAUUAAACUAACGGUAAGUAUUUACUAAUCUGCGC